AUGGAUUCGCAAAAACAAUUAGAAGAACGGUGUAGAUGGCUUGAAGAGAAAUUUAAAGCCAUGGAGAGCGCGGAUCAUCAUCAAGGGAUUGAUGCCAAGGAUCUGAGCCUGGUCCUAGAUUUAGUCCUCCCCCCUAAAUUCAAAAUGCCUGAAUUCGAGAAAUACAAUGGAACAAGCUGCCCUGAAGCCCACAUCACCAUGUUUUGCAGGCGAAUGACGGGAUAUGUUAACAAUGACCAGCUACUAAUCCACUGCUUUCAAGAUAGUCUGAAUAUGGAAAAAAAGUCAAAUGAAAGUUUCAGACAGUAUGCACAAAGGUGGAGAGAGGUGGCCAUACAAGUUCAGCCGCCACUUCUAGAAAAAGAGACAACAAUGCUCUUUAUUAACACAUUGAAAGCCCCUUUUAUCACUCAUAUGUUGGGAAGCGCCACUAAGAGCUUCUCUGACAUAGUGAUGACGGGAGAAAUGAUCGAAAAUGUUGUAAGGAGAGGCAAGAUAGAAUUGGGAGAGAGUGCUAAGAAGUCAGUCCCGGGGAAAAGUGAUAAUGAAGUGAACAACACGAGUACAUUCAACAAGGGGCAGUCCAAAUCAUUUACCGUAAAUCAACCCAAAAUGGUGACCACCGAUCAACAAAGCCCUGAAUCCAAUGCAAGGAAGAACACAGAAAUGCCACAAUUCACCCAUAUACCUAUGACAUAUAUGGAGUUGUACCAGAAUAUGUUCAACGCUCAUGUGGUAUCCCCUUUCUACCUGGAGCCACUGCAGCCCCCGUAUCCCAAAUGGUAUGACAGAAACGCCCAAUGUGACUACUAUGCGGGAAUUACCGGGCAUUCAAUCGAAAAUUGUACUGCAUUCAAGAAAGUGGUCGAAAGACUCAUUAAGGUGGGAAUCGUGAGAUUUGAUGACUCAGCCAUGCCCAAUGUAGCAGGAAACCCACUCCCCAAUCACACCGACCAAGGAGUGAACGGGAUAAGUGAAGGCAAAAACAAGAAGAUUAAGUGUGAGGUUGCGAAAGUCAGGACUCCAUUGAGACAAGUGUGGAGGGAGAUGGUCAUGAGAGGUUUGAUCGCGUUGGAUUUAGGAAGAGAAUCCAAAAAAGAGAGGAACUACUGCGAGUUUCACAAUGAGGUGGGGUAUGAAAUCCAAGAGUAUAUGGAGUUCAGGGCCCUAGUGCAGAACAUGAUGAACAAUAAGGAAAUGAAAUUCUAUGAAGAGACUAAAAACCCCGUAGAGGGAGACAUAUGUGCGUCGGAGGGAGAGUCGACGGUACAAAAUCAAAUAGUUAACUACCCCGUGGUUAUCAUAUCGAGACCCAAAAAUAAUGAAGCUAGAGUUCAACUACUACCAAGGGUCAUAAUCCAGAGACCUGCGGUCUUCCUUUACAAAGAUAGCAAAAGGGUCCCAUGGAAUUAUGAUUGUAAUGUGACAAUUCCGGGGAAGGAAAGCCUAGUCGACACUUUAAAAGAGGACCAAGAUAGGGGCUCCUAUACACGUAGCGAGAGAUGUUAUGAUACAGCGAGUGAGAAGGCACAGCCCGUAAAAGGAAAAGCCCUAGUGGUCGAAGGGGUGAAGGAAAAAGCGACCAAAUCUGAACUUCCUGUCAAUGAGCUAGUUAACGAAGAAGAGGCUAAGGAGUUUUUAAAAUUCCUAAAGCAUAGUAAAUACAGCAUGGUGGAACAGCUACGUAAACAACCAGCUCGUAUCUCAGUGCUGGCCUUACUUCUAAGCUCGAAAGUUCAUCGCAGCGCGCUAAUGAAGGUCUUGAAUGAAACGUAUGUUGCCAAUGAUAUCUCUGUUAACAAACUGGACCGAUUGGUUAGUAACAUAAGUGCCGACAACUAUAUCUUCUUCAAUGACAAUAAGAUACCACCAAGUGGCAUGGGGUCGACUAAAGCAUUACACAUUACCACGCGCUGUAAAGGGUAUACGCUGCCAGGCGUACUGAUUGACAACGGAUCAACUUUGAACGUCCUGCUAUUGACCACACUAAACAGAUUACCUGUAGACAGCUCUCACAUGAAAGAGUGCCAGAACAUAGUGAAGGCAUUUGAUGACACGGAGAGAAAUGUGAUGGGCAGAAUCGAGUUGAAGCUGGUAUCAGAGGGGAGGUUGAUAACGAUCAAUACUGAAGAGGAUAUCAUUGCAACUGUGAGCAAUAAUGCGCCCUAUUUGGAGACAGAUGACGAAGCAAUCGAAUGUUCAUUUCGAUCUUUAGAAUUUGUUAAUGCAACCUUCAUCGCUGAGGGAAGCAAAAUUCUGGUGCCAAAAUUGUCCAAAACCACGAGGAUGAGCCUCCAGUUAACGAUUGGAAAAGGAGCCCUACCCGGAAGAGGACUUGGGAGACAUCUGCAAGGAAGGGUUGAAACGCUAAUGCCGAAAGACAAGAAAGACCGCUUCGAUUUAGGAUUUAAGCCGGAUGCAAAACAAAGGAGAAGGGAGCUGGGAAAGAAGGGAAUCAUUCAUCCCGAGAGAGACACACCAAUGACGGGAGCUAUAGAAGAAAGGCUGGAAAGCUUGGACAUCAACGUCAUAUGUGAAGAGGAGACCGGAGGAGAGAAUUUGUCGGGCAUUUGCCUCUGCACGCUUGGAAGUGUUCUGGACAACUGGACUGCGGAAGAGAUUCCUGUAGCUUUUAGAAUGGAUUCAGAGUAA